AUGUUCACGUUUACUUACGGUGACGCGAUCGAUACAUCAAGCAAUGGGUGGUCUUUGGAUACAUCCGGAGGCCAGACCGUCACUCCUCCACCACAACUUGCGGACGUUUUCUUAGAGUGCGGAAACACUGGCGAUGCUAUUAUGUUCUCCGAUGAUCGACCUUCUGAAAGCCCACCUCAUUCUCCACAAAGCCAUUACAAAGAUGUGGCGGAGAAGAGCAAACGGGGCCAACCCAACGCACGGCAAAAUGAACAGGAAUUGUUGCAGCGACGUAAUGUGCAGCCACUACCAUCAGGGAAGGAUCUACUGUCCAGGCAGAAUUCACACCAAGAAAAAGCCUGGCGAAAGGAACAGGCUUCUCUUCAUGAGUCGACAAUAAGCCAGCAACCAGAGAUAAUUCCGCUCUUGGAGAGGAUACAACCAACAUGCGGUAACUUGUUUGUGAGGAAUCGAGACAAACAAGUUCAGACAGAAGUGCUCAGUCAGGUUGAUCAAGUCUUUACUCGCACCGAAUCAAUCAUCGAGGAAAAUCGCCGGCCCGAAAUUACGAAGGCUAGCCCCCUUUCGACAGGGUCCUCGUUACGAGCAGAAGAAAUCGCCCGAUUAUUUGCAGAGAAUCGAGAACUAAAAAGUCGGAACAAAAAUUUAGAAAUUGAAUUGCAAUUGAGCCAACAAACAAGUGCGAAGAAUGCGCGCGAACUAGAGGAGUUAAGGAAAUGCACAAAGAAAUCAGAGAGACUGCAGGAAAUGAUUAACCAACUGAAAGCUGAUCUGGAUGCAGAGAGGAAGGCCAAGAAUGAGCUACAGGAGAUGCUUAAGAGAGUUUCGACCUGGAAGCCAGCUUGA